AUGAGGCGCCUCGGCUCCUGCCUUCCCGGAGUGGCGCUGCUGUCCCGCAGAGGGCCUCCCCCCUGGGGUACCCCGCGGGCCUGGCUGGGCUCCGCGUGCCCGGAAAAGGCUGCGGCGGCACCGGCGGCAGAAGAGUGGAGUCCGGAGCCCGGCUCAUGGCCCGAGCGGCUAGCGGACCUGGUGACACCGUUGUGGCGGCUGGAUUACGAGCAGCAGCUCCGGGUGAAGACGGACGCGCUGCGCGGGCUCCUGCAGUGGCUCGAGGGUCGCUUGCGUCUGCUCGGGAGCCCAGAUGGUGAGGCCGGCGCGCUUUGCUCACGCCUGCAGCCCUUCCGGCCGUCUCCCGUCCUCCACGGCUAUCGGAACAAGUGUAAUUUCGCCGUCCGACAGGGCCCUGACGGCCGGCCCCGGACAGUGGGCUACGUGCUAGGCUCCGGCCGCGAGCAGCACCCGGUAUGCGUGGGGCCCGGGCACUUGAAGCACAUCCCGGACGCGCAUCAACGCGUGGCCCGCUGCUACCAGGCUUUUCUUGAACAGACCCCUCUCGACCCCUACUUGGACUCGGAUGCCAGCGGACACUGGCACGAGCUCACGGUCAGGAGCACCAGCCGGGGCCACACGAUGGCCAUCGUCUCCUUCGAACCGCAGGGGCUGAGUCCGGAGGAGCUGCGUGAGCCGAAGGAGGAACUCCAGGAAUUCUUCACCCGAGGGCCCGGGGCUGUCUGUGAAUUGGCCUCCCUCUACUUCCAAGAAAGGGCAGGCGACCAGCAGCAGCCUUGCUACCAGCUCCUCGCAGGGGACUCUCACCUUUUUGAAGACUUGCCAGGCUUUAAAUUCCGCAUCUCACCAGGAGCCUUUUUCCAAAUUAAUUCAGCUGCUGUGGAGGUUCUUUACCGGGUGGUGGGAGAACUAAGCGGGAUGGACCCCAAUACCCUCCUCCUUGACCUUAGCCAAGGAACUGGAGCCACCAGCCUCUCCCUGGCUCCGCACACAUCCCAGGUCCUAAGCACCGGGCUAGCGGGUCAGGCUGUAGAGGAUGCCAAAUGGACUGCAGCUUUCAAUGGAAUCACCAACUGGGAAUUCCAUGCUGACCAUGUGGAGAAUGUAGUGCCCCAGCUUUUAAAGUCGCAGGAGGCUGGUCAGUCCCUAGUGGUUAUGGUGGAUCCAUCCCGGACUGGAUUGAACUGUCAGGUGGUUCGGGCCAUUAGAAAUUGCACAGCCAUUAGGACGCUGCUGUUUGUUUCCUGCUACCCAGAGGGAAAGGCCAAAAGAAACUUCCUUGAGUUGUGCUGCCCCCCAGACCCUGGCAAGGACCUCCUGGGCGAGCCUUUUGUCCUGAGACAAGCUGUGCCUGUAGACAUGUUUCCACAUACCCAGCACUAUGAGCUGGUGGUGCUGUUCACUAGAUGA